AAUAAGAUUUGUGCGUGGGUGUUGGCUAUCAGAAACAACAUGGCCUCCAGUGAAGAAGUUAGAAGCCCCGUAGCUACUCAAAUACUUGACGGGAAAUCUAUUGCAGCUGAUGUGAGGAAGCAAGUGGCGGCAGAGAUAGCUCGGAUAAAGGGAACACACCCCAACUUUCAACCAAAACUAGUUAUUAUACAAGUUGGUGAUAGAAAGGAUUCCAAUGUUUACAUACGAAUGAAGACAAAGGCUGCCGAAGAGGUGGGUGUGGUUUUUCAACAUAUCAAGCUCCCUCGGUUGACGACAGAGGACCAGUUAUUAAGUGUUAUUAACGAUUGUAACAAUGACGAGGACAUUCAUGCUGUGCUGUUGCAGCUACCACUAGAGUCUGAUCACAAUAUUGAUGCUGAAUGGUGUACUGAUGCCAUUAGUAUUGAUAAAGACGUUGAUGGACUGACUGUAUUUAAUGCAGGCCGACUCUCACGUGGUGAUAUUAACAAUUGUACCAUACCUUGCACACCAUUGGGAUCAUUGGAACUUAUAAAAAGGACUGGAGCUAGUAUUGAGGGAAAGAAUGCUGUCAUUAUUGGUCGUAGCAAAAUUGUGGGUACCCCAAUGAGCCAGCUAUUAAUAUGGAACAAUGCAACUGUCACAGUAUGUCACACAAAGACUAAUGACUUACCCUCAAUAGUGAGAGAAGCAGAUAUUGUCGUCGUUGCUGCAAGACAGCCUAAACUGGUGAAGGAAAGUUGGAUUAAACCAGGUGCUAUAGUUAUUGAUGUUGGAAUCAACUCAGUCCCUGAUUCUUCUAAGAAGUCUGGUUUUUCAUUGAUCGGUGAUGUCGAUUAUCCCGAAGUCCUUGGCAAGGCCGGGUGGAUUACACCAGUCCCUGGUGGAGUUGGGCCCAUGACAGUUGCUAUGCUAAUGAAGAACACACUGCAAUGUGCACAAAACAUACUUGAAAAGGAUUCUGCUGGUACUGGUUGGUCCUUGCGGUUGCUGCCUCUGGCUUUACAGGACCCAGUUCCAUCAGAUAUUGAUGUUGCCCGGUCCCAGACUCCUAAACCUGUCACUGAGCUAGCUAAAGAAAUUGGGCUAAGGAUUGAUGAGCUAGAGCCAUAUGGUAGGGAUAAAGCAAAGGUCUCGUUGAAAGUCUUGGAUAGGCUAGUGGACAAACCUGAUGGCAAGUAUAUUGUUGUAGCUGGCGUGACUCCAACUCCUCUUGGAGAAGGAAAGAGCACAACCACCAUUGGGCUGUCUCAAGCAUUAGGAGCUCAUUUAGGUCAGAACGUGUUUGCUUGUGUGAGGCAGCCAAGUCAAGGCCCCACGUUUGGUAUAAAGGGAGGGGCAGCAGGCGGAGGGUAUUCACAAGUAAUACCAAUGGAGGAGUUCAACCUUCACUUGACUGGGGAUAUUCAUGCCAUUACAGCUGCUAACAAUCUAUUUGCUGCUGCUAUUGAUGCCCGUAUCUUCCAUGAGAAAACUCAAAGCGAUAAAGCACUUUAUGGGCGUCUGGUUCCAAAGGUCAAAGGUCAGAGAGUUUUCUCACCUAUACAGGUGAGACGUCUCGAGAAACUGGGCAUUGCUGAGCGAGACCCAGACAAACUGACUCCGGAUGAGAUUAAGAGAUUCAGUCGUCUUGAUAUUGAUAUUUCAACAAUCACUUGGAAUCGUGUUAUCGAUACUAAUGAUAGAUAUCUUAGGAAAAUUACAAUCGGUCAAUCGACCACUGAGAAAGGAUACACAAGAGAGACUCAAUUUGACAUAUCGGUUGCUAGUGAACUGAUGGCUAUACUGGCACUCACCACUGACCUCUCAGAUAUGAAAGAAAGACUCGGGCGUAUUGUGGUAGCCAGUAGCCUCACCGGUCAACCAGUGACAGCUGAUGAUAUAGGGGUCACUGGAGCACUGGCCGUACUACUUAAAGAUGCCAUUAAACCAAACUUGAUGCAAACUUUAGAAGGUACUCCAGUUUUUGUCCAUGCUGGCCCAUUUGCCAACAUUGCCCAUGGGAAUUCAUCUAUUUUGGCUGACAAAGUGAGUCUCAAAUUAGUUGGAAAGGACGGAUAUGUAGUAACCGAGGCUGGGUUUGGAGCUGACAUUGGAAUGGAGAAAUUCUUUGACAUCAAAUGCAGAGCAAGCAAAUUACAGCCCAACUGUGUAGUAUUGGUUGCAUCAGUAAGAGCUCUUAAAAUGCACGGAGGAGGUCCAAACGUGACCAGUGGUCAGCCGUUAGACCAAGCAUACUAUGAAGAGAAUCUCCCCCUCCUUGAAAAGGGUUUUUCAAACCUUCAAAAGCACAUUGAGAAUGCUUGCUCUUUCGGAGUACCAGUUGUAGUUGGCAUCAACACGUUUUCCUCUGAUACCCCUAAAGAACUGGAGCUAGUUCAAAGGCUCUCGAGAGAAGCAGGUGCUUUUGAUGCCCUCAUCUGCUCACACUGGGCAACUGGAGGUAAAGGAGCUAAAGAACUAGGAGCUGCUGUCAUGAGAGCCUGUACCACAGCUGAGAAUAACUUCCAUUUCCUUUAUCCUCUUGACAUCCCACUGAAGGAUAAAAUUAGAUCAAUUGCUGUCAAUAUAUAUGGAGCAAGUGAUGUUGAGUAUACUUCUGAGGCUGAGGAGCGCCUUGGACGUUAUGAGUCACAGGGAUUCGGUCACUUGCCUAUAUGCAUGGCUAAGACUCAUUUGUCAUUGUCACAUGAUCCCACUCGCAAGGGACGGCCGACAGAUUUCGUACUUCCGAUUCGUGACGUGCGUGCAAGUGUUGGGGCUGGUUUUGUGUACCCACUAGUAGGCACUAUUAGUACAAUGCCAGGACUACCAACACGCCCGUGCUUCUUUGAUAUAGACCUCAAUCCAAGAGAUGAAAGGAUCAGUGGAUUAUUCUAAUUAUUAUAUUAACUAAUGAUAUUUCACAUUAUUAUUAUUAUUAUUAUUAUUAUUAUUAAAUAAAUAUAAUUAUAUUUGCUGAAGGAAUGUGCACCUCACUGCUUGUUAAUUGCUUUUCAAAAGGCCUUGUUGAUCCA